GUGAAAUUGUGAUUUGUUAGUUAUGAAAUGGGUAGUCAAACGGAUAUGAUGGUUUGAUUGUUGAGUAUGGAGAGUGGUCAGUCUCCGUCACCGGUGUACGAGCAAGAUAACGAAGCGGAUUUAUCCUUGAGAGUGUUAAGCCAUUCGAUGGAAGAGCCAGAACCAUGCUCCUUCAACUUACGUCUCAUUGAAGCUGUUCGUAGUAGCCGUUGUCUCUAUGAUGCCAAAGAUCGUCUGUAUCGCUCAGCGGAUCAUAAGAUCAAAGUGUGGAAUCGACUUGUACAAAUAUUACAAUUUGAUGGUGAUGCACGUACUUUAUAUAAUCGUUGGAAACAGUUGCGUGACAAAUAUGGGAAAGAAAAAAAGAAGUUAAAAUACGGUGCGGAACAUACUGGAUGGCAGUACUUUAAGCACUUGACCUUUUUAGAUCCACAUAUGAUUGACCGACAGCAGCAACAAUUUGCUCGUGCUAAAGACGGCAAAGGAGUUAUGCUUUCACCCGGAGGAACUCCGCAUCAUAUCGUGAUCAACGACCCAACCUUCUCGCUAUCAUUGAUCCAAGAGGUGCAGCAACAUCCAUGUCUAUAUGAUAUCAGAGAUCCCAAAUACAGACAUUCCGAAUGUCGAAAUCAAGCAUGGUCGGAAAUCAUCAAAAACUUGGACUUUCCAGGAGACAUCAAUUCUAUCUAUAAGCAAUGGAAAAAGGUACGCGAUCGUUAUGUGAGAGAAAAACGAAAGAUGCGGAUGUCGAGUGCAAACGGUGGUGAAGUGGAGGAGUCGCAGUGGGAUCUGUUUCCACAGAUGAUGUGGAUUGAUCCAUUUUUAGAUGAUCGAGCAACACAUUAUUCAAGAAGUGUGAAGCGAAAACAUGACAGUGAAGAGUUGUCUGAAGAUGGCUUUUUGGACGAUUUAACAGAUAAUUCGCACGGUCAGCACAGUGUCUCACAAAAUCAGUCACCGUAUUCUACUGUAUUAUUACCGGGAGGAUUGACUGCUGUUAAAACAGUUCAGGGUACUUCCAGAGAAGCAGAACGAACAGCAAUGGUGACAAGAAAUUUAUCACUACAACAACGUGAUAUGAAUGCUGUUGAUGGUGACAAAGCAUUUGCAUUAAGUGUAACAGCUGAUAUGCUUGCACUUCCUGAGCAUGCUAGAGCAAUUGCAAAGGCUCAGAUUCAGAACUGGCUUGAUAAUUCUAGGCUAUCGCAGCAGAUACAGUUUGAUUCCAAAUAGUGGCAACAUUAUUGUACAGUGCAAAUGUUGAAUCCAAAUGCCAAGUUUGUUAGUAUCGUUAAUAGGAUCUUGGGUAUAGUAUUGUCUUUGAAGUUGUCCUUAGAAAUCACUCAGGUCAUUGUAGUUUUAUAAACAUUAUUUUUCUGGUUGUAUUAGAAGCAAAAGAAUACAUUUCACUAGUUUUUCCUCUAAAUUAUUAUUUUGUAAUCUUCAUUUAUUUGGAGAUACUUUUCUUGCUUCAUUUUGUUAUAAAAUCAAAUGUGUAGGAGAAUUCUUUUUAUGCAUCUUUAUUUAUUUUUCUCGUAUGUAAUUUUUUCUAUUCUCAAAUGAUUAUUUUCCUUCCGUUUUCUUUGAUUCUUAUCGUUUUGUUCCCUUUUAAAGUUAUGUUUGCAUAAGAUUUGUUGCAAUCUGUGUUUAUUUCGGACAUAAUAAUGGCCAGCUGAUUAUUUUUAUCCUCAUUAAUUACUUUUUAAGAGUAUAAUCAAAUGUUGAUCAAGUUGACAAUAAGCAAUCACCAAGAAACUGCAAAAGCAAAAUGUGAUUGGUACAGUGGUUAUAGCAUUGUACCGAUCACAUUGUACCAAUUAUGUUGGCUGUACUUUACGCUCAAAUUGUAUAAUGCUGUAAAUGUCCUAACAAAGUGGAACAAUUCGCAUUACAAAAAGUGAAUAUCAAUUUAUAUCAACUUUUCAUAUUUCAUAUCUAGUCUAUCUGCUCUUUAUUGGAGUUGGCUGUACUUUGCGUAUAAAUCUAGCACGGGCUAGGGUUGUCUUCAUAAUGUCAAUAGUGUUGCUUAGAAGACUCGUAAAACUGAU